AUGAAUGAAUACGGCGAUAAAUUGUUACCACCUGCCAAGGAAAGUGUAAGAGCAGCUUGUAAAAAAUGCGGAUAUGCCGGCCAUUUAACCUACCAAUGCAGAAACUUUAUAAAAGUUGAUCCAAAUAAGGAAAUAGUUUUGGAUGUGAGUAGUACCAGCAGUGAAUCGGAGCAAGAUUAUUUAACACCUUUGACUGAGUUAAGAGAAAAAGAAUUAAAGGAAAAAUUGAAGGAGGUUAAAUCAAAGAAAAAACAUAAGAAGAAGAAAAGGAAGCAUUCUUCAACGGAUAGUGAGUCGGACAGUGAUAGUGAAUCAGAGAAGGAAAAAAAGCACAAAAAGAAAAAAUCCAAGAAGCAUAAAAGGAAGUCUAAGAAGAAGAGACAUUCUGAUUAA